AUGUGUCUCUCCGUGCACCCUUGCGAGAAUGUAAGUUAUCAAGUUUCCAGUAAAAUCUUAAUUCGAAAGUAUGACGCGCACCAGGCACGCUUGGGUUCGGACGGACCUCACCCUACGAUGAGCUUCAAGCUGCAAUUCAUGCUCUCACACCUAGUUCGAACGGCGCGGCACCUGCCGACCCCCCCAGGUCUGAUCGCUCACGACCACCCCACCAGUGCCUUGUUGGUCGCGCAUUACUGCUACGUCCUACCCGGCAUCGAUGUCAUGGGAACUCGUGCGGAGACUCCCAAGGUGCUGAAACCCCAAAUUUCGCACUCUUCUCUACUGCUCCCAAAGACCGUUCGAGAAGACACUACCCCGGCUGUUUCCACAAAUUUAAAGUAG